GUUUCGUGUAUAGCGCUCCCCACGUGCAGACUCAAGACUCGAGCUAUGGAAGAAGAACUGAAGUGCCCUGCGUGUAAACACCUUUACAAGAACCCCGUUCUCUUGCCGUGCUAUCACUCCUUGUGUCUCAGCUGUGCUCUUCAUAGGGAACAGCCGGCUCAGCACCUUCAACCACCACCGGACGACAACGAGACUACAGCAGACUAUCCGGACGGGGACAAAUUAAGUUUGGUCAGCGAAACCGAUAGUGGAGUCGUGUGUAACAGCCGGCCGAACAGUUAUGUAGGUACUCCGAAUCUUUUGUUUCCUCCCAUCCAGAACAGUACCAUAUCUUUGACGUGUCCCACGUGCCACAAGGUGGUCUAUUUCGACGAGCAUGGAACCAACAACCUGCCAAAGAACAAGAUUUUACAGAAUAUUGUGGACAAGUAUGGAGAUAACAAACACUUACCCAUUCACUGUCAAUUAUGUGAGAAUGAACCCAUGGAGGCUACGAUCAUGUGUGAACAGUGUGAAGUUUUCUACUGUGACAUCUGUAGGGAAAACUGUCACCCUACCCGGGGGCCGCUAGCUGCCCAUUCACUGGUCAGUCCACAACGAGGUAAGGCCACCCUUAGGUCAAAGAGUAAAGACAAGAAGGUUAAUUGUGGAGAUCACCCUGCAGGAAUUCUAGGAAUGUACUGUAUGCUGUGUAAGGUUGCAGUGUGCAGUUUAUGUGUAUCAGAGGGCAAACACGCUAACCAUGAUGUCCAGGCUUUGGGAGGAAUGUGCAAGGCCCAGAAGACGGAGUUAUCCCAGUCUCUUCAAGCACUGUCCGAGAGAGCCAAAGGAGCGACUGAGUUUAUUCAGAAAUUGAAAGUGAUGGUAGAUAAAGUACCUGACAACUGUGUUGAGUUUGAAAACAGGAUCUCUGCUGAUUGUGACCUUCUGAUUGAAGCCAUCCACAGAAGAAGACUCCAGUUAUUUGAGUUUGUCCAUCAGGAACGAGAUUCAAAAAUAAAAAUUAUCCGGGAACAAAUCGCUACUUGUGCAUCCAAGCUUCAACAAACGACAGGACUGCUGCAGUUCUGCAUCGAGGCGCUGAAGGAGACGGACGCGGCAGCUUUUCUUCAGGUUGGAACAUCUUUAGUAGACAGGGUUUCGCACGUGGACAUGGCGUGGCAUAAGGAAAUGACCUUCACACCAAGAGCUUCAGACGAAAUUGACCUUAACCUUGACCAUCUCUCCGUCUUACACAGUAUUGAACACAUGACCUUUGCCCAACUGAAAGCGCCAGGCCCUCCAAGUUUAAUAUCGGAAGAAUGUACAACAGAGAACAACACCAUUACUGUAGCAUGGCAACCCCAAGCUUGUAGCUUUGUUGAAUUCUAUCAGUUGGAAAUAGCUGAAGCAGAUACAGAAGAAUUCAGGGAAGUGUAUUGUGGCACUGACACAAUCUGCAGGAUAGAAAGUCUUAAGUUUAACACACUCUACAAAAUAAGGAUAAAGGCAGCUAACAACAUAGGUUCGAGUGGUUUCAGCGAUACUUUGUCUAUUCGAACUGAUGAAGUUGCCUGGUUUAAUCUGGAUCCAGUGAGUGCCCAUUCUGACAUCAUAUUGUCCAACGAGAACCAAACCGUCACAAGCAGCACCUACGAACACCGAGUGGUGCUGGGUAACCUUGGUUUCUCACAAGGAGUGCAUUACUGGGAAUUUGUUAUCGAUAAAUACAAUAUGAAUGCGGAUCCUGGUUUUGGUAUCGCUACUUUUGAUGUGGCUAAAGAUAUGAUGUUGGGGAAGGAUGACAAAGGGUGGAGCAUGUACAUCGACCACCAGAGGUCGUGGUUUCUACAUUCUGAUCGUCAUGAUAACCGGACUGAUGGGGGAGUAGGCUCCGGAUCUGUAGUUGGAGUGCUUUUAAAUCUUGACCUGCAUCAGCUAAGUUUCUACGUUAAUGAUGAACGCCAAGGGCCCAUCGCCUUCACUGAUCUCCACCAGGGGGUGUUCUUCCCUGCAAUCAGUGUUAACAGGAAUGUCCAGGUUACAGUCCAGACAGGACUAGAACCUCCGACGGACAGCAGUGAUCACGAGAGUGAAGGAGAAGGAAAAGGUGUAGGUUAACUCUUUGGAUGGCUCUGGUUAUGUGUUGAUAAGAAGAAUGAAAUUAAACACAUUUAAACUGGAAAAUAUCGCCGUAGAACUUCGAUAUGAUUUGUAAAAAAAGCUAAUCAGUACACUUUCAGAAAUGUUUUCUCCCGAUUUGUGCUAAAUUCUGCAAGAGACGCGGAAGAUAAUUUAAUCUUCUCUUAUAUGGUAGACCCUCUUUUCUUUAAGUAAUCUAAAACGUUAUUAAGAAGUUACACAAAACGUGGUAUUAAUGGUAUUUGAUCAUAUAACACCAAAUUCAAAAGGUAUAUUUAACACUGUAGAGAAAUAUGAAUUUUUACAGUCUAGUGAUAAGAAUGUAAAUCUCUCUUGGUGCGAACGUUUACUUUCAGGUGUUUUUUUUUGUGAGUGACAGAGCAAAUAUUUGUAAAGUUAUUGACCUUUCCAUAAUUAUUUUUAUAUUUAUUGAUAUUAUUUCUUCGCAAAUAAGAUAAGCUGCGAUCACAUUAAAUAAAUCACAUCUUAUUGUCUGAAAAUAGGCAGAAUGUAAAGCACAAAAGUCAUUAUUUUCUUAUUUUGAUAACUAUUUUUCUGUUUCAGAUAACUUAAGAAUUGGACGAAAUCAUAAGUAUAUUUAAGAGACGUUUGGACGUUUCUUUCCUAUACAGCUCAUGCCUGUUGUCAAAUGUUCUUAUAUUUUUGACACAAAAUAAAUUAAUUUUUUGGAGUGCCUGAUGAAUUUUUCAUCUGAAACUUUAAUGUUGACCAAUUCCAGUGCAAAGUCAUCCACCCUUAAAUAUAUAUCUCUGGCAUCCGAAACGGUAUGUUUUCAGCAUGCGCGUAAGAUUACAAGUUUCAGAUUGGUAACAUGGCAUAAAUUUAUAGAUUAAAUAUGCCUUCCUAUUUUUCACACGUUAAAAUGGUUAAUUCUGGAGAGCUUGUUAACAAGUUGUUUUCCUUGAGCCUUGUGUAUAUUCAUCAACAGCAUAAUAAAACAUUACGUUUUGGAUACAACGGGCAUAUGCUGGUAAAUGGCUGUUAUACUAGAGUCUUGUCCGACUCUAGUAUGAAAUGAAAAAUUCCUUAGGUCUCGAGAGGAUUGAUUUAUUUUCUAUCAAAAAUGUAAAAAUAUCCAGUACCAGGAUAUAUAGAAAUAUCCAAUAUCAGCAGGAACCAUACAGGUUAAAAGUAUCCAAUACAAAGCAGGAAUACGAUAGGGAUAUCCGAUAUCACGCAUGAAUAGUGAAGGAUGGAAGAUAUAGGAUAAAAGAUGUUUAAUACAAUGCAUGCAUCAUAUCGGACAAUAAUAUUUCAUUUCAUGUAUGAACCGUAUAAGAUAAUAAUAACCAAUACGAGACAUAAAAUACUCAGAUUAAUAAUAACCGAUACAAGUUGCGAAGUGUAUAGGUAAACAAUAUCUAAUACCAAGAACGAACCGUGUGGAAUACGAACAUCCUGUAAAAAACAUGAAGGAUUCAAGUUGAAUAUACCCAAUAUAAGGUGUGAGGCGUACAGGAUAACAAUAUAUAAUACGAAGAUGAAUGUACCCGGUACAAGCUGUCAAGUGUACAAGAAAGCAAUAUCUAAUAAGAAGAACGAAUCGUGUAGAUGGCGAACAUCCGGUAAGAGAAAUAAAAGGUUCAAGGUGAAUAUAAUCGAUACACAUUGUGAGGUGUAUAGGAUAGCAAUAGCUAAUACGAAUACUACGAACAUCCGGUAAGAGAAAUAAAAGGUUCAAGGUGAAUAUAAUCGAUACACAUUGUGAG